AUGAGCAUGCGUACCUCCUCGCCGGCAAUCACAGUACUGCCGUCCGCUACACUCGCCCUAUUCUUGAAUGGGCCAUCAACAGCCUGGGAUGUAGGAAGCAAUAUUGCCAAGGAAGUAUACUCUCUUUCCGAGAGCGCCAACAGCUACUCGGGUGAAUCUCUUGACGAGACGGCAACACCCGACUCGGACAUCGACACCACUGCCGCCGGCUACAGCGCAUGCAUCGAAGCGGUAACAACCUUUGCAGACUGCAUUGACGCCAGUAGCAGCGCGUUUGUCACGGGCGGCGCCGACUACGCGUGGACAUGCCUAUGCAACGACUGGGACACCAGCGCGCGGACCUACUCAUGGGUCGGACCGGCCUUCGACAGGCCCUACGGAUCAUGUAUCGACUAUUUGUCGAGCGAAUCAUACGAUGGCUGGAAUUCCUUUACACCGAUGAAUGGCUUCUGUGCGAAGGUCUCUGCAUCUAAAUUUGUUGCCCGAGGGACGUCAGGCCCUAUGACCCCCGCGGACCCGCCGGCCGCAACGACGCCGUCUACCCCAAUGACUCCAACAGCUCCGUCAACACCUUCAGAUGACCCUCCCAAUGGCACUCCCAUGAAUAAUGUAUUCCUUGGUUCUGGAAAUAAGUUCUCAGAGGGAAAGCACAGUGGUUGGAUUGUGGUUUUGACCGCUUUGGGCACUCUAUAUCUCAGCGUGUUCUAG